CACGCAGUGCGCCUGCGCGGAGCCGGACUGAAGCGGAGCAGCGGUUUAACGGGGAGAAUCUGCACGGAGUGAAUUUCAGAUUGAACACGGAUUUAUUUUCACCUUUUCUGUGUUUUAUAGACUCGUUUUAGAGACAUUCCUGGAUUGUGAUAUUAGGUUACAUGGAAUAGAGUUAAUUUCAGACUCGACAGCUGAGAAAAUCCAGCUGCUGGAGGCGAAUCUGAAUCCGCGGUGUGGAUGCGGAUUUUAAUGUGGAUUAUUUGGAGUGUUGUUGGAGUGUCCGCGCUGCUGUGAGGGAGAGUAAGUUAUGGGUGAAGUGUUUGUUCGGUAGAGCUGUAGAGGAGUUAGAGCGGUGUGUGUGUGCUGUAGAGAGGGGGUUUUACUGAGGGCUGAACAGUGAUUAGUGGAGCUGGGAGUAAAUGAGAGGACGGAGGACUGCAGUGAGCACUGAGUGACCGCUUCUGCUGCUCAGAGAUGAGGCAGCUGUGGAGACGCGACCUGGGGAACAGCUCUGCAGUUGGCAUGGCGCCAGACCCGGCAACAGUGGCCCCGAAGGGUCAGAACAGGUCUUGGGUGACCGAGGCCCCGUUGGUGAGCCCGGAUGAGCCCAUAUUCCUAAUGACCCCCGCGGCUCAGACCAUCUCCGGACUGUUCGUCUGGACCGCACUGCUGCUUACCUGCCACCAGAUCUACAUGCACCUGCGCUACUACAGCUCCCCCAACGAGCAGCGACACAUUGUCCGCAUCCUCUUCAUUGUCCCCAUCUACGCCUUCGACUCCUGGCUCAGUCUGCUCUUCUUCACCAAUGAGGAGUUCUAUGUCUACUUCGACACUGUCAGAGACUGCUAUGAAGCGUUUGUGAUCUAUAACUUCCUGAGUCUGUGUUACGAAUAUCUGGGUGGAGAAAGUGCCAUCAUGUCUGAGAUAAGAGGAAAACCCAUUGAGUCUAGUUGUGUAUAUGGGACGUGCUGUCUGUGGGGAAGAACCUACUCCAUUGGUUUCCUGCGCUUCUGUAAACAGGCUACUCUGCAGUUCUGUGUGGUGAAGCCCCUGAUGGCUGUUAUUACAGUGAUCCUGCAGGCGUUUGGAAAAUACAGAGAUGGAGACUUUAAUGUGGCGAGUGGGUAUCUGUAUGUGACGAUAAUCUAUAACAUCUCGGUCAGUCUGUCUCUCUACGCUCUGUUUCUCUUCUACUUUGCAACGAGGGAGCUGCUGGUGCCCUAUAGCCCCGUACUCAAAUUCUUCAUGGUCAAAUCAGUCAUCUUCCUCUCUUUCUGGCAGGGUAUGUUGCUGGCCAUCCUGGAAAAGUGUGGGGCAAUUCCUAAAAUCGAAUCUCCUGACGUGAAGGUGGGGGAGGGCACGGUUGCCGCUGGUUACCAGAACUUCAUCAUCUGCAUUGAGAUGUUUUUUGCCGCUGUGGCUCUCAGGCACGCCUUCACCUACAAGGUGUACAUGGACAAAAGACUGGACUCUUAUGGAUCCUUCCCUGUUUAUGGACAUUACGGGCGCUGUGUGAUGAAGAGCAUCUCCAGCAGUCUGAAGGAGACGAUGAACCCCGGGGACAUGGUGCAGGACGCCAUCCAUAACUUCUCCCCGGCGUAUCAGCAGUACACCCAGCAGAGCACGCUGGAGCAGCCGGGGGGCGCUCUAACACGCAGCCUGAGCUCUGGCUCUACACGAGACAACGAGAAAACCAUGCUGCUCAGCUCCGACGACGAGUUCUGACACAGUUUAGCUUAAGAACUCUUUGACCAUGUGCCAUAAUUAUGAGACACACUAUGUGGCCAAAGGUAUCCAGACAAGCCCUUCUGUAACUGAUUCAUCUGCUUUCAGGUGUAUUUAUUUCUGCUACAGGCAUUCACACACACCUGUAUACUCUCUCUACAGACCAGAUACUCUGGAGCAGCUGUGAUCACAUGACAUCACCAGUAGUCACUGUGCCCAGUGCUGACCGGGGGCUAGAGGGGUAUAAAGACCCCCAGCAUUGGGCUCUCUAGAGUGAUGAUGGAGCUCAGUCCUAUAUUUUAGGGAUGAGUUGGAGUUUCAGGACCAGCUAAAUAUCCAACAUCAGGACCUGACCUCGCUGAUGCUCAGGCUCUCUGGACAGAAUACAGUCAAAUUGCAUCACAAUUUAUCAUCCACAAUUCAAUUUCAUAUUAGCUUUGUUAUUAUAAGUCCACACUGGGAUAAAUGGCCACAUGAAACACCUUCACGCUGCUGUUUAUCAGCCUAAAAUUGUAAAAUAACAUUUAUUAGCUAUUUAAGGAGUCAGUCUGGCAUGUUUACUUUUUAAACUAGUAGUAAGAUGUAUAUUUUAAAAGCUAUAAAUGUAAAUAAAGUGCUGCAUUAGAAAA